GCAAAAAUGAAUUUGGCGCGAGAAUGGUGGUGUUUGAAAUCGUGGAAAGGGACUUAUAAUCGACAAUAGAAAAUCAGAUCUGUGUCAGAAAGAUAAAGAAGUUCUUAUGAUGAUCAGUUCUGUCAAAGUAGAGAAGUUUGAGCCUUUCGGUAAAGCUUUCUGUUCCCGGCAUCCAUUUGCGUCUCUUCCCAAGACUAGCAAUAAACGAUCGAUCCUUGAGAGCGAAAUCGAACCGACUUGCAAAUGGGUUUUGAGGUCCACGAAAGAUCACCCAGAGUGCUAUGAGGAGUUAUUUAUGCAAGGUAACACCGUUGUUUGGAGUGUUGGAAAGUCUCAGACAGUGAGAACAGUGCAGAAAUGUUAUUCAGCCAUGUCUCUGAUAGUAGAUUGUUUGUGGUGCACAUUUAGCCUUCCAUCUGAAUAUUGCAACAGAGGAGAGAAUCAAGUUUCAUCUGGGGAAACAUUACAUAGCCUUUGUGUCGUCCAGAAUGACUGUAUUGAUGUGCUGACUGAGGAUGGCGCUCUAUUUACCAUAACCCUUCCAUUUCCAGUGAAACAAGUGGUUGCUUUGCAAGAGGGAUUGUUGCUUGAGAGAGCAACAGCACCAGGAGAAAUCACUGGGCAGAGGAGGGAUGUCCCUACAAUGUUUAGUGUCCUGCAUCCUUUGGAUGAACCAAGACCUAUCACAUCUAAAGUGGAAGGAAAGAUCUUCUACAUCUGUGACCCAGCGGUUAGCGUGGUGUUUUCAUGCAGUGAUCCUCCACUAGUCAUGACAUAUGACUUUGUCAUUGGUUUACAUUCAGUAUGGCAUGUGACCAAAGCAACAGCUCAAGACUGCCCAGAAUCUCCAACACAUGUAGAGCACCCUUCAGAAUUACAUUUUAGCAACAUUUUUCAUCAUCCUACUCCAUUGCUAUCAGCUGGUGCUCACUCUCGAUUAUCUGUAGCCACUCCUACCCAGUCCUUCUCUCCAUUCAACCCUUUCACUCCGACAUCAGCUGUCAAAGCUCAUUCUCGUGUCCAGUCUCCUGCACCAGCUCAUUUGUUAUCAUCUGCUUGGAGUCAGAGAUCUUUAAACAUGACAAUAUCUCCUGCAGUUGAUUCUCCAGUAAGGGUAGGACUGAGGUCGCCUGUUCCUUUCUUUUCCCCACCCAUGUCAUUCUUUUCAAGCAAAGAAGAAUCAUCCUGGGACAGCUUUCAGCCAUUGUCCCCAGAUGUCUGCCUCACCCAGGUUUGGCAAGAAACACAAGUGGCUGUCAGAUAUGGUACAAAAGGGAAAGCUUCCAAAGCAUUCUUAACAAAAGACAAAUCUGGUGCCACAUUUCUUUGUUACCUUCUUGGGCAGUUAGAAAAAUUAAGAGGGGUUCAGGUUAUUCAGGAGAGGGACUGUGUAGAUUUGAACAAUACAUUUGAGAUUCCUGCUAAGGAUGCUGUUCCAGUUGAGAAAUUAAAUGUGAUGCUUGUUCUGGAGCCAAAUUAUUCACUAGUCAUUUACAGUGGAAUGAUUAAGGGCUGUCAAGUAAAUUUGCCAAUUUUGCCAUUGUUGGAAGUUGAUCAAUCAUUGCAUUUCAAUACACCUGAGAAGGUUUUGUCAUUUUCAUCAAUUAAGCUGAGCAACAAUGAAGUUAACAUGGAUGAUGUAGAAGGUAAACCAUCACUGGGAAAUGCAUUACAGGAUGUGAAAAUUUUAUCACUGAGAGAUCCAGUGUCUGAAACUUGUAAUCUGGUAUUGUCAGAUGGAUCAAUAUACAGAAUUAAACUUCCAAUAUUGUCCCAAAACUUGGCAGUUACAGCUUGUUUAGAAGCUUUGAAGUACAUUCUUCCUGGGUUGUUGGUGAUUCAGGCUCAACUGGCCUGUUAUGCAGUGGCCCAAGUCCCUCAUUUGCAAGAUAGUGAACAAGAAUGGAAGUGGUUUACAAAGUGUGUCUUGGAGUUAAUGGGGUUUCAAACUGAGGACAAAUUUAAGAGUGACUCACCAGAAUUGCCUGCAGCUAAAAAAUCAAAAACCCAGGAAGAGGACCAGGCUUGGGAAAUGUUGACAAUGAGUGACUUUCAUCAAAACAUGUCAAGGCAAGGCAUUGGACUGCCACCAUUGUUAAACAAAGAGACCCCAGGGGAGGAGAAGCAUUCCUUUCCUAUGCAAAUUCAAAAAGAUGCCCUUCUUCAUAACCACAUUUCCUCCAUAUUGUUUGCGUGGCAUUUGAUUUAUGAGGACCUCAAAUUAAAUAUUCUGGGGAAGGAUUCCCUGUGUCCUAUGGCUCAGUUUCUUUGUGACCUUGCAUUAGCUCUUGGUUGGCAUGCUUAUGUUGAAUAUUACUGCAGGGACUUUCCUUCUCUUUUCCUUGGUUCACGGGAUAGUCCUGCCCAUAUCACAAGAGACCAGCAGAGUGAGAUGUUUCUUCCUCUGUGUGAGAAGCCUCCCAGUAUAAUCCAAUGGCUGUAUAACUUUCUUAAUGGACACCCGGUUGAACCUUUUCCUGUGCUACCAAGAACUACCAAGCACACGUAUAAUAUCAUUAUGCUGUACUCACUUUUCAACAACAUAGAAGACAAAAACAACCUUGAAGAUGAUGCAGACAAAUUGUUCAAAUGUAUCAGCUAUUCAGAAGAGGUGAUUGCCACUUUCAAGGAAUCAUUUGUAACCACACAGGAGAAGCUUAGGUGUUUUGAUUCUGAUGCUGAUAAAGUGGUCGCAUUCCUCGCGAGCAGUGGUUUGACUCGUAAAGACAUCGACUGUUUGCCGUUUGGAGUCGCUCUGCCAAUCAGAGAAGCUCUCCACCAGUCCGCAGACGACCCACCUCUAACUCUUCCAGCUGGUGCUUACCAGCUCAUUGGCCGUGAAGAUCUUGCCUCCAUGCUAAUGACAGAUGCAAAAAAACUAAAUACUUACAUCCCUCUGAAGAAAGCAACACUGAAAGAUGGAGAAAUAGAUGACGGAUUUAAUAUAGAUGACGAGAUACUCCGCUUGCGCUUUGGUAAAGACUUGAGAGUCCAGGAGAUGAAAAGACUGCUCCAGUCUUCCAAACCUGUCACAGUGAAUGUUCUACAGAAGCCUGAUGUCAGUGACCAUGAUUUUAUUCAGGAGCAAGAAAAUCGUUUACUUUUGAUGUGCAAGAGAACCAUGGCGUUACCUGUCGGAAGAGGGAUGUUUACAAUGGCCACCUCUCGACCAGUACUGACCGAAACUAUUCCAAUUCCACCACUGGAUUUGACAGGACGGGCCCCGCCUAGGAAUACCACGGUUGGUUUGGAACACGUGGAAACUCCAUCAGACAUGAAGAUGUGGCCGCUAUUCCAUAACGGAGUAGCUACGGGACUCAGGAUUGCGCAAGGAAUAUCACAGAUCGACAGUACCUGGAUCGUUUACAACAAACCUAAAACCAAUCAACAAUCAGAAGAACAUGCUGGUUUCCUUAUGGCUCUUGGACUCAAUGGCCACCUUAAAAAUUUGUCUCACAUGAACCUACAUGACUAUUUGUGUAAGGGACACGAACUUACAACCGUCGCGCUUUUGCUUGGCACGGCAGCUGCUAAGCGAGGAACAAUGGACGUGACCAUUACUAAAAUGCUGAGCAUUCAUAUCGACGCCCUUCUGCCUCCAACGUCAGCAGAACUUGAUCUGCAUCAUUCAGCACAGGUAGCCGCCAUAUUAGGAGUGGGUCUGUUAUACCAAGGCACUGCACAGAGGCGAAUGGCAGAGGUGCUUCUUUCUGAGAUAGGUAGACCACCCGGUCCUGAAAUGGAAAAUGCUGUGAAUAGAGAAUCUUAUUCUCUUGCUGCUGGUCUGGCUCUGGGACUUGUCAUGUUGGAGCACGGGAACGAAGCAGCCAGUGUGGUGGACCUUAAGAUCGCCGACCAGUUGUAUCACUACAUGGUCGGUGGACAAACCAAACCUCAGACUGGAACGCAAAAAGAGAAGUUCAAGUCUCCAAGCUAUCAAAUCAAGGAAGGUGAUAGCGUGAAUAUCAAUGUGACGGGACCUGGUGCUACUCUUGCUCUAGGACUAAUGUUUAUGAAGACGAAAAACACAUCUGUCGCAGCAUGGUUUGACGCUCCCGACACUCAGGUCCUGUUGGAUUUUAUUCGUCCAGAUUUCCUCUUGCUCCGGCUUCUUAGUCGAGGUCUGAUCAUGUGGGAUAGCAUUCAUCCCUCUACAAACUGGGUGGAAAGCCACAUUCCUGCGAUUGUUCAUCAGUGCGAUACCACUUCGGCUGAAAGUGAAGCAGCGAACUCAGACAUCGACAUGGAAAGUCUGAGUCAGGCGAAGAUCAAUAUCAUUGCCGGUUGCUGCAUGGCCAUGGGAUUAAGAUUUGCUGGUUCCGCUAAUCAGGAAGCCUUCAACUGUUUGAUGCAUUACACUAAAUACUGUAAAGAUUUGUUGAGCAACAGUGCAGUGGAACAGGCUGGGAAGCCUACAGUUGAAACGUGCCUCAACACAAUCCUCUUAUCGCUGGCUAUGGUGAUGGCGGGAACUGGUAAUCUCGAUGUGCUUAGGAUCGCUCGACAGCUGCGUAAAAGGCAUUCCCCAGAUGUUCCGUAUGGGAGUCACAUGGCUGUUCAUAUGGCAAUCGGUCUUUUGUUCUUGGGUGCAGGAAGGUUCACUCUGAGUACCGACGGACCUUCCAUUGCUGCGUUGAUAUGCGCCUUCUAUCCUAGAUUUCCAAUCUCAAGCACUGAUAACCGGUACCACCUGCAGGCGUUCAGACAUUUGUACGUACUUGCAGCCGAGCCUCGAGUCCUUGUUCCUCGUGAAGUGGACACAAACAAAGCCUGUCAUGUUCCUCUUGAAGUCACGCUCAAGGAAACGCAGUUUUACUCAGAGACAGUUUUAAAACUCACCGCGCCUUGCAUUCUACCAGAACUGCAGCUUAUCAGAAAGAUAUGUGUUUCGGGAUUACGUUAUUGGCCAAUCACAAUCAAUUUGACGGAAAGCAAGGACUCUUUUAGUCUACUAACUGCCAGUCAAGGAACUUUAUUUGUUAAAAGAAGAACGGGUUUUUUAUCUUAUGCCGACGAUCCACAGGGUUAUCGAAACAUUCUUGCCAAGACAUUUUCUGCCCAAACAGACCAGAUAGAAGUGGUACGAAGCUUUUCAUCAGAUCCGAAUCUCAUAGCGCUGGUGGAGUUGUUUGGUGACAAAGAUCCCUCAAACGAAAGGGAGAGGAGGUUAUGUUCGUUCAUUGCAUCGACGCUAGUGGAAACUGUUACAGAGGAAAAACCCGAAGUUUUGCAGAUACUGUUGCGCAUGUGGCAGAUUGUUCAUAAUUUGGAGUAUGAACCCGACCCAGGCUCUGUCUGGCAGAUGAAGCUGGCCGUAACAUUCUACAAGAAAGUGUUCUCAAGAAUGUCUAUGCGCAUGCGCAGGAAGCCUCUAAUUAGUGGGGACUUUAUUGAAGAAUAUAAGUUCCUUUUAGAAGAAUCCAUCGACCGCCUAAUGAAUAAAAAUUCAAUAUUAGCAAAAGACUGUUAUAGUGCUGAGGAACAAAAGCGAAAAUUCUGUCCAGCGGUGUGUUGUUUUGCUGUAUAUCACGACGUCCCGUUGCCGUGCAGUUUACCGUCUUUACUCCAGCAAGGCAAUGUUCCCAGUCUAGCAGAGAUGCUGCAGGGUUCAGAAGAUCUGCCACUGACAUUAACUGCAAUGCUGAGACUGCAAGCCCAAAGCUAGUUCCUUUCCUUGCUUUUGCAAAGAAUCUAUUCAACUGCGUGACGGUGGUAUGAACAACAAAGAAAAUGCUCUUUUUAAGUUGUAAACUUUCGGUUGAAAUGCUCAGUUAAGCUAACCCGGUUGGUUAAGAAAAGUAAAGGACUGGGGCCUGGGACGAGUGUAUUCUCGAGUUGCUGAGAACUAGAGAAAGGAAGGAAAAGUCAGCGCUCUCUUCAUUUCUGUUUUCCUUCUUUCUUUCACGGUCCGUUUUCAUGCUUUCUUUCACCUGUUCCAAACAAUUUGAGAAAAUAAUAUGUACAGAA